GAUGUUUACUGAAUCAUGCAAAAGGCUGAGGAUCAUGAAGAGAUCGGAUGCAAAGGUGAUAGGGAUUCGAACAAAGGACUUUCUCAAGGGAAUGUACAAAGAGAAAUGAGGCUUUAAUUUGCAAUCACUGGAUUAGUGAGAAAUAGAGAGAUUAACCACUGGACGAGUGGCCUCUCAUAUAAUCAAUUACGUUAAUAUUUUGUUUCGUAUGUUUGUUUCAGAUAUACACUACAUCAAAUGUCGCUGUAAUUUAAUUUUAGGUGUUGUAUAAGUAUAUGAUUUCCUCUUCUAGUUAUUUUGUUGCUCUAUUAUUGUUAUGUGUAAUCCAGAUUCUGGAUAAUGUGCUUAAAGCUCGCAGCUACUGCAUUAACUUUUAGGACAUGUAAUUUCUCUUUUUAAAAAAUUUCGUUUCGUUUUUAUCUCAUUA